AUGAAUGUUGUGGCUUUGGCCUCAGCUGAUCGUGUGCGUCGGGGCUUCGCAGGAGGCUACGGCGGCGGCCUCUCAGCCGGCUACGGCGGGGGCUACAGCAGCGGCGGGUCCUCCUUCCUGCUGGUGGGGGGAGGGGGGGCACACGGGCCCUCCGCAUCCCAGGUCGCAAACAGGGCAGCCUACCAGGCCACGGCCGCCGCCGCAGGUCAAGACGCCGUCGCUAAUGCAGCAGCAUCCCGCGCCGCGCAGGGCGCUGCUUCUCUUGCCGCUGCCGCCGCCUCCCGAGCCAACGCCGCCCGCGCCUCCAGCCUCGCCCAGGCCGCCCAUCUGAGCAGGGCUGCGGGUGCUGCGCAGGCCAAUGCUUACCACCAGGCCAGUCAAGCGGGAUAUGCCGCUGCAGCAGCACAGCAGGCAUACGCUAACAAGGUCGGGGCCUACCACGGAGCAUCCUACGGAGGCUACAACAACCACGGCAACCUGGCCUAUGCCCGCAGCAACUUCCUGGGAGCCUCUGCCUACGCAGCGUCCCAGGCGGCAGAUGCCCGCUAUGCCCAGUCAGCAGCCAACGGCCUAUCGUUCCAGAGCGCCCUCGCCAAUCACGAGCUGCAGUCGGCGGGCGGAGCGGCCGCGCAGGCGUCCGCAGCCGCCACGAAGGCCCUGGCGAAGGCCUACGGCGCCGGGCUCGGCCACGGGGCCUUCUCGGGCUCCUACUACGGAUAG